GCGGCCGAGGACGCGGAGCGGCGCUCGGGCCUGGGCGCGGCUGGUCGCGCCCUCCUCUGCGGUGGCGCAGGACGGCCGAGCGGCUCCCCACCCGCAGCCCGGCCGGCGCAGCCCAGUCCCCCGCGUGCCAGGGCGCAGCGCGCCGCCCGGCCUCCCCGCCCGUCACCAUGCUCCCGCAGCUGUUCUGGCUGCCGCUGCUCGCCGCGCUCCUGCCGCCCGCGCCCGCGCAGAAGUUCUCGGCGCUCACCUUCUUGAGAGUUGACCAAGACAAGGACAGAGACUGCAGCCUGGACUGCCCAAGUACUUCUCAGAAGCCACUCUGUGCCUCAGAUGGAAGAACCUUCCUGUCCCGCUGUGAGUUCCAGAGGGCCAAGUGUAAAGACCCGCAGCUGGAGAUCGCCCACCGUGGGAACUGCAAAGAUGUGUCCAGGUGUGUAGCUGAGAGGAAGUAUACCCAGGAGCAGGCCCGGAAGGAGUUCCAGCAAGUCUUCAUCCCAGAAUGUAAUGAAGAUGGCACCUACAGUCAGGUCCAGUGUCACAGCUACACAGGCUACUGCUGGUGCGUCACUCCAAACGGGCGGCCCAUCAGCGGCACCGCCGUGGCUCACAAGACACCCAGGUGCCCCGGUUCAGUCAAUGAAAAGCUACCCCAGCGGGAAGGCGCAGGAAAAGCAGUCUCCUUGCAAAUCUUUUCCGUUCUGAAUUCAGAUGAUGCCGCAGCCCCAGCGUUGGAGACUCAGCCCCAAGGAGAUGAAGAAGAUAUCGCAUCUCGCUAUCCCACGCUUUGGACUGAGCAAGUUAAAAGUCGACAGAAUAAGACCAAUAAAAACUCAGCUUCCUCCUGCGACCAAGAGCACCAGUCGGCCCUUGAGGAAGCCAAGCAGCCCAAGAAUGACAACGUGGUGAUCCCAGAGUGUGCGCAUGGUGGUCUCUACAAGCCGGUGCAAUGUCACCCGUCCACAGGCUAUUGCUGGUGUGUGCUGGUGGACACAGGCCGGCCCAUUCCUGGCACAUCCACCAGGUACGAGCAGCCCAAGUGUGACAACACAGCCAGGGCUCACCCAGCGAAGGCCCGAGACCUGUACAAGAACCGGCCACUGCAGGGUUGCCCUGGUGCAAAAAAGCACGAAUUUCUGACUAGCGUCCUGGACGCUCUCUCCACAGACAUGGUCCAUGCCGUCUCUGACCCCUCCUCCUCCUCUGGCAGGCUGUCGGAGCCUGACCCUAGCCACACCCUGGAGGAGAGGGUGGUGCACUGGUACUUCAAGGUGCUGGAUAAGAACUCUAGUGGUGACAUCAGCAAGAAGGAAAUCAAGCCUUUUAAGAGGUUCCUGCGGAAGAAAUCCAAGCCCAAAAAGUGUGUGAAGAAGUUUGUGGAAUACUGUGAUGGGGACAACGACAAGUCGAUCUCUGUGCAGGAGCUGAUGGGCUGCCUGGGUGUCACCAGGGAGGAGGGCAAAGCCAACACCGGCAAGCGCCACACUCCCAGAGGAAAUACUGAAAGUGCUUCUAAUAGACAGCCCAGGAAGCAAGGAUGAAUGGUCACUACCCAAGGCAGUUCCUAGACAUGUGGGAAUCUCCCUCACCAAAGAGCAAUUAAAAACCAAAACAUAGUAUUUGCACUUUGUACUUUAUAUGUAAAUUCACUUUGUAGAAAUGAGAUAUUUAAACGGACUGUUUUGAUCUGUGAAAAUGGAAGGCUGGCUUCAGAAAAUUAAUCACAUACAAUGUAUGUGUCUUUGUC